CUAAAGUUUUCCCUAAAAUUGAUAGGUUAAGUCUGCGGUCACGUGCUAUUUACUAACAGAAAGUCACUUGUAAGGCAAUUUGCAGGCGACCCUGACCGAAAGUUAAAAGUUUUAUCUGUAAUCACGUGUUCGAGUCUUCUAUCUAAACCUUGGCCAUGUCGAACUCUGAAGCAAUAAUAUUAAACGGGAAAGAAAUUUCAAAAGAAAUUAAAAACGGAAUAUUAGAAGAAGUGAGACAGUUAAAAGAAAAAUAUGCAAAUUUCAAUCCUACUCUAGCCAUUAUUCAGGUAGGAAAUCGAACAGACUCGAGUGUGUUUAUUCGCACAAAAUCAAAAUCUGCUAAUGAAGUUGGUAUCAGAGCUAUACACAUUCAUUUGCCUAGAAAUAUAACAGAACAAGAGUUGAUAAAGAAGAUUCAAGAGUUAAAUAAAGAUCAUGAAAUUCAUGGAAUAAUAGUUCAGUUGCCAUUAGACUGUGAAUCAUCAAUAGAUACGAAUGUUAUCAUUAAUACUGUUUCUCCAGAGAAAGAUGUUGAUGGAAUUCAUGAUCAGAAUGCUGGUAAAUUAGCUCAUGGACAAUUGGAAGGCUUUUUUAUUGCUUGCACUCCUCAAGGUUGUUUAGAACUCAUCAAAAGAACAGGAGUACAGAUUAAAGGAAGUAAAGUAGUGGUCAUAGGAAGAAGUAAAAUUGUAGGAACUCCUGUGGCACAGCUCUUAACUUGGCAUCAUGCUACUGUUACAACAUGCCAUUCACGCACUUCUAAUUUAGCAGAAGAGGUCAGACAAGCAGAUAUUGUUGUUGUUGCUGUUGGAAAAGCAGAAUUAGUGAGAGGUGAUUGGAUUAAACCUGGUGCUGUUGUAAUUGAUUGUGGAAUUAAUUCUAUUCCUGAUUCUACAAAAAUUUCUGGAUAUAGAUUAGUGGGAGAUAUUAAUUUUCAAGAAGUUAAAAAAGUUGCUUCAUAUAUAACACCUGUACCAGGAGGUGUUGGACCAAUGACUGUAGCAAUGAUAAUGAAAAAUACUUUACAAGCAGCAAUUGAAGCUGCCAAGAAAUAUUCAACAAUAAAGCCAUGGAAGUUAGAAAUUCUUCCACUCACAAUUAAAACUCCAGUUCCUAGUGAUAUAGAAAUAGCUAGAAAUCAAACUCCAAAAAAUAUAGCUGAUUUGGCAAAUGAAAUUGGAUUAUUACCAAGUGAAAUUGAAUUGUAUGGAACAACAAAAGCAAAAGUGUCAUUAGCUACAUUAGAUCGUUUAAAGAAUCAUAAAAAUGGAAAAUAUAUAGUAGUAACAACUCAGUUUGACAUUACUGUUGCAAGUGAAAUUAUGGCAAUUCUUGCUUUAACAACUGAUUUAAGUGAUAUGAGAGAGAGAUUUAAACGUAUUGUUGUAGCUAGUAAUAAAGAAGGUUAUCCAAUAACAGCUGAAGAUUUGGGUGUAUUUGGAGCUUUAACAGUAUUUAUGAAAGAUGCAAUUAAACCAAAUUUGAUGCAAACGCUUGAGGGUACACCUGUUUUUGUUCAUGCUGGUCCUUUUGCAAAUAUUGCUCAUGGAAAUUCUUCAAUUCUUGCUGAUAAGAUUGCAUUGAAAUUAGUAGGUGAAGAUGGAUAUGUAGUGACAGAAGCAGGAUUUGGAGCUGAUAUUGGCAUGGAAAAAUUUUUUAAUAUAAAAUGUAGAUAUUCAGGUCUUGUACCAAAUGCAGUUGUCCUUGUUGCUACGAUACGAGCUUUAAAAAUGCAUGGUGGUGGUUCAGCUGUUAAACCAGGCAGUCCACUUCCUAAAGAAUAUAAUGAAGAGGUCAGAGGUUACUCACAAGUAAUUCCAAUGGAAGAGUUCAAUCUUCAUCUUACUGGUGAUAUACAUGCAAUCACUGCUGCCAAUAAUCUCUUAGCUGCUCAGAUUGAUGCACGUAUGUUCCACGAAGCAACACAAUCUGAUGAAGCUUUAUUUAGAAGAUUGGUUUCUACAAAGAAAGGAAAACAAGAAUUUACAGAAAUACAAAAAGGACGAUUACAGAAAUUAGGCAUAAAAGCUACAAAUCCAAAAGAUUUGACAAAAGAUGAAAUAAAGCGAUUUGCAAGAUUAGACAUUGAUCCAUCUACUAUCACUUGGCAAAGAGUUAUAGAUACGAAUGACAGGUUUCUCCGUAAAAUAACAAUUGGACAAUCACCUACAGAAAAAGGAAAGAUAAGAGAGACUCAGUUUGACAUUACUGUUGCAAGUGAAAUUAUGGCAAUUCUUGCUUUAACAACUGAUUUAAGUGAUAUGAGAGAGAGAUUUAAACGUAUUGUUGUAGCUAGUAAUAAAGAAGGUUAUCCAAUAACAGCUGAAGAUUUGGGUGUAUUUGGAGCUUUAACAGUAUUUAUGAAAGAUGCAAUUAAACCAAAUUUGAUGCAAACGCUUGAGGGUACACCUGUUUUUGUUCAUGCUGGUCCUUUUGCAAAUAUUGCUCAUGGAAAUUCUUCAAUUCUUGCUGAUAAGAUUGCAUUGAAAUUAGUAGGUGAAGAUGGAUAUGUAGUGACAGAAGCAGGAUUUGGAGCUGAUAUUGGCAUGGAAAAAUUUUUUAAUAUAAAAUGUAGAUAUUCAGGUCUUGUACCAAAUGCAGUUGUCCUUGUUGCUACGAUACGAGCUUUAAAAAUGCAUGGUGGUGGUUCAGCUGUUAAACCAGGCAGUCCACUUCCUAAAGAAUAUAAUGAAGAGAAUAUAGAAUUAUUAAAGAAGGGCUUUUGCAACCUGGAGAAACAAAUUAGUAACGCAAGGAAAUUUGGCAUUCCAGUUGUAGUAGUAAUUAAUCGUUUUUUAACUGAUACAGAUAAUGAAGUUGAAUUAAUAAAACAGUUAUCAAAAGAAAAUGGAGCCUUUGAUGCAGUAGAAAGCAAUCACUGGGCGAUAGGAGGACCUGGAGCAAUUGACCUGGCUAAAGCAGUCAUUAAUGCUGCUAAUCAAGAUUCUGAUUUCAAGUUUCUUUAUGAUCUUAAGCUUCCAAUUGAAGAUAAAAUAGAAAUUAUUGCUAAAGAGAUAUAUGGAGCAGAUGGAAUAGAGUUAUUAGAAGAAGCAAAAAUAAAAAUUGACAGAUACAAAAGACAAGGAUUCAAUGAUUUUCCAAUUUGCAUGGCAAAGACUCAUUUAUCCUUAUCUGAUGAUCCAAAUGCUAAAGGUACACCAAAAGGGUUUGUUCUUCCCAUACGAGACAUCAGAGCGAGUGUCGGAGCAGGAUUUUUAUAUCCAUUAGUUGGUACAAUGAGUACCAUGCCGGGAUUGCCCAUCAGACCCAGCUUUUACGAUAUCGAUUUGAAUAUAGAAACCGAAGAUGUGGAAGGUUUAUUCUGAAAGGUAUCAAGUUUACUAAUUUGCACACAAAUUAAAUGGAGCAAUUUUUGUUUGCAUGUGUUUGUAAAAAAAUAAUUAAAAAAAAAAUUACUUUUCUAAAAUAAAAUUCUGUUACUAAUA